AAACCAGAUUCAAGAUGGCGGGCUUCAUCAAGUUUGUUGUGAAAUGUGGGAUCGCAGGAGGAAUCGUCUACGGCGUUGCUUCUCAGGACUUGUUCAGUUCUCAGGAUAGAGCCAUUUCUUCUUUUAAACAGCUUAAAAGUACGACGCAAUCUAAUCUUCCUAUCGAUGCCCCCGAGCAGUUGCCAUCAAAGUCAGACGUAAGACAAAAAUGGAAUGCUGGAGUACAGUAUGUGUUUUCCUCACUUGACAAGGCGCCAGACACAAUUAAGGAUYUAAGCAGCAAAGGAAUUAAAAAAACCAAAGACUUUGUUAAAGAGCAAAUGAAAUAGUCUUUGAUAUUGAUAAUAAGGAAAGUGACAACUAUUGUAAAAUACACAUAUUGACAUUUGUAUGUACUUCUAAGAACUGUGUUUAUAUUAAGAUUAUGUGAAAGAAAUCUGCAGCUUUUGUCUUUCUGCUACAGUACAUGCAAAACCCUUGAAUCAAGGGAGACCUAAUAAAAUCUAUUCAGUCACAUCUCA